UUUUUUUUUUUUUUUUUCUUUUCUCAAACUUUGUUGAUUUUGUUUACUCUACUUCGACAUGCUAUCCCUUGAUGAUAUCCUCCAACUUGUCAGUCUUAUUCUGGCUGUUCCGCAGUCUAUCCAUGCUGUUUGGGAAUUGGUGGUAUACUGGGUUCGUGGUGUUAUUGGCAGAGAUACUCAUACUCAUACUUCAGAGCUACCCAUCCACAACAACACCAAUGCAGUACAACCAGCUGCCAGUCCUUUAUACGAAACUUAUACAGAAUAUGAUGUCUCUCAAACAAUAGCCGUCCGAAUGGUGUCUCGAGGGCGAGUUAGGCGUACUUGGGAUGGAUGAGUCUAUGAGUAACGAUUAUGCCUUUAAAUUUCUGUAAAUAGCUAUUUAAUUUCUUUAUAUAAAUAAGUCUGGUUCUCUUACUGAC